CUUCGUACCAACACACACCAUUUCAUCUCUGUCAACAUUCUCCAUACCAGACAACCACCUUAGUGCGCACAAGAAAAUGGCAGACAUCUUAACCCAACUCCAAACCUGCCUCGACCAACUUGCAACCCAAUUCUACGCAACUCUAGGCUACCUCACAACCUACCACGACAACAGCCCCGCAAUCAUCCCCGCCACGACCCAAAAUAACGCCCCCGCCGCCCCCGCCCUCGCCAAAAUCCCCAAGAACUCCUCCGCGCCGCCCGUGCCCGCCAGCGCCCCGUUAGCAGCGCAACAGGCCAAUCAAACCCAGAACCAGAAUGAAACGUCCACCCUGCAGCAGCAGCAGCAGCAGGGUGGUAGUGGAGUAGCGGGUGCAGGGGGGAGUGCGGAAGGACAACAAGCAGCAGCAGAUCCCAAUGCGCCGCCAGCGCCGGACUCGCCGCGGACGUUUGCGGCGCGGCAGCGUGAACUGGCACGGGAUUUGGUCAUCAAGGAGCAGCAGAUUGAGUAUUUGAUUUCGGUGCUGCCGGGGAUUGGGUCGAGUGAGGCCGAUCAAGAAGCUCGGAUUAGAGAGUUGGAGGGGGAGUUGAGAAGGUGGGAGGGGGAAAGGGAGGAGAGGAUUAGGGAGUUGAAGCAGUUACGGGGACGGUUGGAGGGGGUGUUGGGAGCGAUGGAGGUGGGGAUUUAUGGAGAUCGUUUGUGA